ACGGAAGUCUUUCGGCGUCACUUCCGUCGCUUGACUUUUCUCCGUCAGCUGUAUCGCCACUCUCGGCCAGAAUGGGUUUAAUCACUGGCGUUUGCGCGUUCUUGUACCAUCUUCCUCAGAUUUACAAAUGGCUACUGAAACCUUAUUACGUCACCUCCUUCUUCAUGACCAUAGCCUUCCUGGUGGUUCGCAAAGCUCCCGGUUUGUGCGAGCACCUGGCGACCCAGAGAGAGGACGGCAACUCAUGCGACUUCGACUGGAGAGAAGUAGAAAUUCUCAUGUUUUUGAGUGCCAUCGUGAUGAUGAAGAACAGAAGAGCAAUCACCUUGGAGCAGCACAUCGGGAACCUGUUCCUGUUCAGCAAAGUGGCAAACGUCAUCCUCUUCUUCCGGCUGGACAUCCGUCUCGGAAUUCUGUACCUCGCUCUGUGUGUCGCAUUCGUCAUGACGUGCAAGCCUCCUCUAUACAUGGGUCCCGAGUACAUCAAGUACUUCAGCGACAAGACCAUUGAUGAGGAGCUGCAGAGGGACGGGCGUGUCACCUGGAUUGUGGAAUUCUACGCCAACUGGUCCUCAGAGUGCCAGUCCUUCGCGCCGGUCUUUGCCGACCUUUCGCUGAAGUACAACUGUGCUGGUCUCAGGUUCGGGAAGGUGGAUAUCGGACGUUACGGAGAGGUUUCACAAAGGUACAAAGUGAGCACGUCCCCGCUGUCCAAGCAGCUCCCCUCGCUGCUGCUGUUCCAAGGAGGACAGGAAAUCAUGCGACGUCCAUCGGUGGACAGUAAAGGCCGAGCUAUUUCAUGGACCUUCAGCGAGGAGAACAUCAUCAGAGAGUUUGAUCUCAACGAGCGCUUCCAGAAGUCCAAGAAGCUGAACAAGAGCCGUGGUUUGAAGGAAGACGAGCAGCCCCCCAACUCCCGGCAAGAGGAGGCGGAGCCUGAUGUGGGCGCUCCGGAGAGCAAGAAAGACAAGUGAAUUCGGAGAUGAAGAGAGGCGUGUCUCCCAGAUCUGCUGUACCUUCUUAGUUUUCUAACGUUCACCCGCCUUCCAGUGUUCUUAAAUCCGUCAUGUAGACUGUAGUGGUUAUUCAUUUCAAGAGUGGAAGACGUGUGGAAAUGACAUCAAGGCAAGUCUUAUUUAAAUAACUUUUGUAUUGUUUGUUGUCGUGUAUUGUUGUAACUACUAGUUUACAAAUGU